AUGGCUCUAGCGGCUCCCGCGGCUCCUAUGGCCUCGGCCCCCGUCGCCGUCCGGGUACCUCAGCUGGGUAACUUAGCCCAGCUGAGGGCUAUUCCAGCCCCUGGAGUGAAGCACGCUCACACCGUAGGUGAGCCUACCCAGGAGCUUCUCAACGCCGGAACCAUCCUUGAGGCCGGCAAGGAGUACGAGGUCGCAGGCGGCAGAAAGGUUACCAGGCCCGAGACCGAUAUCGUUCAUGCCUGCGUCAAGUUCUUCGACCACCGCCAGUUCAAGGUCGCCCAAACCUACGGCACCGUCGACGACGCCGCGGCUCUCUGCCAGAGGACAUAA